UGUGUUCGCGUUGUUGUAGGUCGUGUCUCGUUAAUUUACCUUUGUGAGCCAAAUUACUUUUAAUAUUAGUGUUCUAGUGGUUGUGAUCAGUGCAAAACAUGUGGAAGUGAUAGUUUGUGAAAGGAUACCUUGCUAUAUGGUGACAACGUCUUGGAAAUAUAUUGAAAGGAUACAAUUUGGAUAGCUGCUGCUAAUUUUGAUUUACCCUUCAGAGACAAAUAUCUUUGAGGAUAACUCACCUCUUUACUGAUCAGAUGCGGCCCCAGUCCUGAGAGCCCGCCAUGUAACUGAGUGUCAUGGGUCAUGUUUAACAUGCUGAGGCGCGGCCCACCCCGCUUCAUCGCCGCCAGCGCAGUGCUGCUCACGGUGCUGCUAUGCAUCUACUACGUCAGCUUCAGCGCGGCCCCCGGGCUCGAGGUGCUGACGGAGGCCAAGCGAGACGCGCUGAGGCAGGAGACCAACGAGGUCCAGGAGAUGCCUCAGGAACCGAGGCUGCGCCAGGAACCUCCUCAAACGCCGGAGCCUGAGGCGUACAGUGUCGUGUCCUCGGAGACCUGCGGCCUCACCUACAUGGCUGAGACGGACGUCGACACCGUGGAGCAGUUCCAGAAAUUUGACUUCCAGCCCUACUGGAUGAAGAGCCGGGAGUACUGGGAUAGCAACUUUGAAGACAGAUACAAGUCCAGGAAGUCCGAAUGGGCUAAGAUUCCUCUAAAGGUUAUCCUGGUUCCUCACUCGCACAACGACCCGGGAUGGCUCAAGACGUACGAGAGCUACUACCACUUCCAGACCCGCAACAUCCUCAACCACAUGGCCAACAAGCUGACGCUGCUGAAGAACAUGACCUUCAUCUGGUCAGAGGUGUCGUUCCUCGCACGCUGGUGGGAAAGUGCUCACCCCACCAAGAAACAGAUGGUACAGAAGCUGUUACAAGAGGGGAGGCUAGAGAUUACUACUGGAGGAUGGGUCAUGACUGAUGAAGCUACAUCACAUGUGUAUGCCAUGGUGGACCAACUCAUUGAAGGUCAUCAGUGGGUGAGGAACAAUCUCGGCAUCACCCCGAGCUCCGGCUGGUCUAUCGAUCCGUUCGGCCACGGCUCAACAGUCCCAUACCUCCUGAAGGCCUCUGGUUUCUCUAGCGGGGCAGUCAUCCAGCGGAUCCACUACGCGUGGAAGCAGUGGCUCGCGGAGAAGCAGAUGGGGGACUUCCUCUGGAGACAGAACUGGGACGGAGACGGUCACAGCGACAUCCUCGUCCACAACCAACCCUUCGACAUCUACUCCAUCAAACACUCCUGUGGACCCCACCCCCAAGUGUGCCUCAACUUUGACUUCCGGAAGAUAUCCGGUGAAUAUACAGAGUUCUCUCUGACUGCAGUGCCUAUAGACAAUGAGAAUGUGAAACAGAAAGCGGAACUGCUUCUAGAACAGUACGGUAGGACGGGAUCGCUGUUUCCCCACAACGUUGUGCUGAUGCCGAUCGGUGACGACUUCAGAUACGACCACGACAUCGAGUGGGAUCAGCAGUAUCGAAAUUAUAAGAAGAUUAUUGAGUAUAUAAAUCAGCAUAAGGAGUAUAAUGCGGAAAUCAGUUUUGGGACGCCCAAAGACUACUUUUUGGCUGUGAAAGAACGCAUGAGGGAUUUCAAAACUAUUAGGGGAGACUUUUUUGUCUACAGUGAUAUCUUUUCUGAAGGCAGACCCGCUUACUGGAGUGGUUAUUUUACUACUAGACCUUAUUGGAAAAUACUCGAUCGAGAGUUGGAAGCGAAUUUGAGAUCUGCUGAAAUUUUGUACACGUUUGCUCUGAACUAUGCGAGACAUCAGGGUUUCAAUAGUACGUUGAAGGUUUUAGAACGAGAUUACGAAAAGUUGACUCGGGCGAGGCAGAAUUUAGCGUUGUUUCAACACCAUGAUGCGAUCACAGGCACUUCCAAGUCGUUUGUAAUGCAUGACUACGCGCUGAAGAUGUAUGAAGGUAUACAGGAAUCUGUGUUUGUGCAAGGUUAUUCAGCGCAGACUUUGCUGACAAUGAAGGAAAGUGCGGGUCAGCUUCAGGUGCCUCCGUCAGCAAGGCUAAUAGUUCCAGAUACGGAUAGAGAAUCUUAUGAGAAACUACCCAGAAAGAUACCUCUCCUUAUAAAAAAAGGGGAGUUCAAGAAAAUCGUGCUUUUUAAUUCUUUAGCUCAGCAUAGACAAGACAUUGUUAAGCUGCAUAUUUUAUCUCCUAAAGUAAAUGUCGUAGACUCUGAUGGGAAUCCAGUUUUAUAUCAAAUCAACCCUGUUUGGAAUAUGACAAACAAAUUAGCAAGGAACAAAAGACAAGAUGAUUCUUCAGAGAACAAUAUGAGGCUUUCAAAAACUCAGUUUGAACUUAUGUUUGUCGCUGAUUUGCCUCCAUUGUCACUCACUACUUACAUUAUUGAAUACUCAACGGAGAAAAACUUUGAAUUUAGGUCUGUGAUAUAUUGUCAAUUGUGUAAAAAGCACACUGAAUUUGAUGUGAAACCAAUGCAAGUAGGUGAUAUACAAUUGGAAAACCACGCUUUGAAAUUGCUUUUGGACGGUAGAUCGGGUUUCCUCAAAGCUAUUACGAAAAAGUCUACAAAUCAGACAACUCAAGCUGCAAUUUCAUUCGCAGCAUACAUGUCAGCCCAGUUCCAUUCUGGCGCUUAUCUUUUCAAGCCUGAUCCAAACCUGCAAGAAACCGAGAAAGAAAUUUUAGACGACUACCCAGGACAGAAAAUUAUCAUAACCUCUGGCCCAGUGUCUUCUGAGAUAACUGUGAUAUACGGAAAUUUCCUUGCUCACUCUGUAAGAAUAUAUCACAAACCAGGUCCCUUGAGUCAAGGGGUUUACAUAGAGAAUCUCAUAGACUUUGAAGCUCCCCCGAAGAAUAGAGAAACAGAAUUGUUCAUGAGGGUGAUAAGUGAUAUUAGCAACGGCGAUCCGCCGGAGUUCUACUCAGAUCUGAACGGUUUCCAGAUGCAGAGGAGGAUCAAGGUGAAGAGAAUUGGUAUUGAGGGUAAUUACUUCCCGUUGACUUCUAUGGCCUACAUGGAAGAUGCCAAGCACCGACUGAGUCUGUUGGUAAACCAUGCACAGGGAGCUGCGUCCUGGCAAACAGGAUGGCUCGAGGUGAUGCUGGACAGAAGAACACUCUACGACGACUCGAGAGGAAUGGGCGAAGGUGUGGUCGACAAUAAAAGAACACUCACCAAGUUUUGGCUACUCUUGGAAAACACUCACGAAUCCAACGAGUACUCCAAACCUAGUUUGUUAGCGAAUUACCUAUCCCUAGGUUUACUUUAUCCCCCGAACGUUUUCAUUUUCGAACCGCAGUCAACCGACGAUACAGGUAAGACAAAGUUGAACUUUCACUCUAAAGUGGGACUUUUAUCGAAGCCACUGCCUUGUGAUGUGCAUUUAAUGAACUUUAGGACUUUGGCUGACCCGGCCUUCACCCAGUUUCCUUCUGAAUCCGCUCUCCUACUCCUCCAUCGGCAAGGGUUUGCGUGUUCCGUGGCGACCGAUGUCUCCAUCCCCAAGUGCGGGGUGCAGUUGUCCUCGAGUGCGUUUUAUCCUAGAACGUUUUUCACAGGGCUGAAGACCAAGAGUAUAGUGCAAACGUCGUUGACAGGGUUACAUAAGAUUAGUAAUGUUAAGUCCUUUGACAAUAUCAGUGUACAGGCGAUGGACAUAGUUACAGUUAAUGUUACAUUUAGCCAUUGAUGUUACUUUAUUUUAUGUAUAGUAAUUUUUUAUAUCCAAGAUGGAAAGUUUGAUCGAUAAAUGUGAAUCUGACUUUUUUAAUUAGUUUAGUAUGUAUGCAAGGUAUAUUAUGAUUUCAUUUGUUUAACACUUUACCGAAAGAUCUGAAAAACAUUUACUAAUUAGCUUUUCUAUUUGGAUGCGACGGGUUUUAUAUUUCAGACGAAUCAAUACUUUUAUUGGGCAUUUUUUUUACUUAUUUAUUAGUUUUUUAGAGCUAGGUUAAUUUAAAUUCAGUAAGAAAAUAUUGUUCUCUAGUUUUAAAAAAUGUGUUUUUUUACCACUAACGUAAAGGCUAUUUUGAAUUUCUGUCUGAAGUUAAUAUUGUUGUUAUUAAUUGGAAAAAGGUAACCCAUCUUGGAUCAAUUUGUUUUAUCGAUAUAAUUUUUAGGUAAAUGAUGAAGUUUGUUACCGACUUUGCCGACUGACUUCAUGUACAAACAGUUGUAAAUAAUGUAAAAUAUAUACAUAUUGUAAAUACCUUAUCGGUCACUUAUAAGCGUUACUUUAAAGUAAGUAUUUUUGGACUCGUAUAUAAAUUAUAUUUUCAUGGUGAACAAAGUGAACAAUUUGAACAAACAUGUAUAUAACUAUCCUAAAAAUGUUUAGUGUUUUUAUUUUAUAUAAUUUUUUUAUAUAAAUGUUUUUAUAGUUUUUUCCAAGUCUGAUUUUAAUAUUGGUGUUUUGAUUUUUUAAAUGUGCAUGUGUCUUCCAAAAUAAAAAUAAAAUCGGUUAGAAAUAAUUAUUUUAAAAGUCUGCUUGUUUUCUGUAACGAAUCUCUAUUUUUAGAUAACCGAUAUACGUUUUAAUCUUUGUUGGUUAAAGUAAAAAUACUUUGUUUGUUACAUUUAAGUAUUUAUCAGCUGUAACAGCAAGCUAUGUUCAUUGAUUUAUACUCAUUAAUAUCCUUGAUAUUGUUUUUACACUUUAUACCUUUUACGUUUUUAACUUAAAUACUUAUACACCUCCUAAUAAUUUAAAGAUCUGAAUCUUGAUAAUACUCUAGUUAUCUUUUAAGAUCAAAUAAUGUAUUUUUGUAUUAUUACUGCUUUAGUGUACAUUUUUAAUUUAACUUGUUAACUAAAACUAGUUGUGUUAUUAGUACGUAUAGGCAUUGUAUAGGGUAGUUAUAUAUGUAAUAAAGAUGUUAAAAUGAUGUAUUGCUAUUACAAAUAAAUAACGUACUUGUGUUAUAACUACUAAUAAUUCCAAUUUAUUAUGGGAGCUAAUUUCCUAAUAAAAAUUAGUUACUAUCCGAUUAUUUUUUAUAUGCUAAUUAAACUGUAAUAUGUUUUUAAUGUAUACGUUUUUAUUUAGGCCUACACAUUAAA